AUGGAGACCAGGAGAAAAGUGAGAAGGAUCAUAAAACAGGAAAAUGAGGACUCUCGCCUCGCUGAGAACAUAAUACGUGAGCAUGUAGAGAAGCAGAGGCUGCGAUUGCAGCAGGAGGAACUGGCUCAGAGAGAGGCUAAGGCCAGAGACAAGUUAAGCGCUGGGGUGAAGCGUGAACUCAAGCAGAAGAGAGAGCAGCAACUUCUGCAGAUCCAUCUGGUGCGAGAACAGAUGAAGACACACCACCAAUGUGGGCAGGAGUCAGAGCGCAGGAAGGCCCAGCGAAGGUGGCGGCGUACGGAAAAGUGUUCACAGAACAAUAAACGCCUUCUGGAGGAACGGGAUAAAAGUCAGGAGCAGGAGGAAAGAGAGACCCAGAAGAAAACAGAACAGGAAGAGUACGAAGGCUGA